CAAAUGAGUAAUUGGGCCAGAGUGGUCAUCUCAUUUGCUCGUUACCAUCGCAUAUGGGCAGUAUUAGACGACGGUGUCCAAGAUUGGACUGAUCCUUCCAAUCCUUGGCAUUCGUUGUUCCACAACCCGCGCAUAAAAAGGACCCUGACGAGGGGCAUUCAAUCUCACAUAUUUACCCAACUACACGCGACUGGUGUCUUUCAACGGGAACCGGGCAAGGUAACGUCGCUCGUUUACUGGGAAUCUAGAAAUAAAUGGGGAGAGGUCAUGUGGGACUGGAUCGACAAGACAGGCCAAAUGAACACCAUCUUGACUGCCUAUGAAUUAACGGAACUGGAUAGUCUUUCACCAAUGAAAGGCGCUCCGAUUUCCCUGUUCGUUGCUGUCAUUAAUUAUUUAAGGGAGAGCGGUCGUGCCCAGCUUAUUGGCGGUGGCGAAGACACUGGUGUCCGUUUCCUCACCCCAUAAGCUACCGAUGAACUAUGAAGAAGGGGAGUUAUCGAGGUAUAAUUAAGGCAGGAUUUCACGAAUGUGAGGUCGCUGUGGACUAUGGGGGCGGGUGUGUGUGAGGCGGAGGUAGGGCUAUCAGGGGUUGAAAAUGUUCAGUCCGAAUCGCUCUGGUCGGCAAGGAAUGCCAUGAUACUCCUAGAAGCUGAAGGCUUGUAGAUUCAUUGGGAUUUUGCAUGCGGUGGAGAUUUUACGGUGUUCUACCUUAGUCAUGUUCCCUUCGGAGUCACUCUCGUCAUCGUCUCCGGCUUGAGAUGAUCCAGAUUGCUGAGCGUUGACGCCUUUCGAUCGUUCAAAUCGAAUGACGUCG